AUGAGGUCUUAGAAUAGCUGUUUAAUUAAUGGGAUUAAUAAUAAUGUAAAUAACAAAAGCCAGUCCAAAUUUAGCACAUUCAUAGAUAAGAAAGCAGUUGGAACAGCUAAGACUAGAUAGAGACCAACAUAAUUAGGUGGAAUAACUUAAGUUGGAGUUAACUAGAGUACUAGUUUGUAACAUUUACAUCUAGUUGCGUCUCCAGAUAGUUCAUAGUUUCAUCACUAAUAACAACAAUAAUAACUAUAACAAGCAAACCAUAAUAUUAAUUUAUAAUCAAGUCCUUAAUCGACUGCACAUCUCUCAUUUCUCAUAAAGCCAGGAUUUUAAUUGAAUAAUAUAAACUACUCUUAAAAUAAUAGAAUGGCAAAUAAUAGCUGUUCUAAUAUACCAACUCAGAGCUUGAUAAAUUCAAUGAUGAAUGAAAAUUAAAGCUAACUCUUCGAAACAAGCCAAAUACAUAAUCACAAUAAAUAAUAAUCAUAUGGCAGUAGCACCAAUCUUAGAAAUCACUCGCAUUAUCAAGGAUAGCAGCAGCAGCUCAAUAUUUUUUAGCAAUUUAAGAACAACUUUUUUAAGUAGCCUACUUUCUCUCAUCCAAGCUCUACAACUAACUAAGACAAAAGAUUUUCAGAAUAAUUAAACAGUAAAAGUACAGUAAAGCUUAUGCAACUUGUUCAAAACUAACAUGAAACAGAUACAUGUCCUUAAAAUAUUUUCCAAAAUAUUUCAUAAAAAGCAUAAAUGAAGAACUAGAGCUCUUCUCGCAAUAAUCAAAAGUUAAGAAAGACUAAUUCGAUGUCUAUGAUUAGACUUAGAUAGAGCUAAGAUUCGUUUUUGGAUUAAAUUAUCAAUGGAGAAAGCCAUAUCAAUCAGGCAAGAGUCAACUGCUAAGCAAAAAAAAAGAAAAAGACAAAAAAAUAUGGUAUGGCUACAGGCGGGUACGUAGUGUCCCCAACUUCCCUACCCUCUAAUUCAACUCCAAAAACUAUUGCUCCCAAUUCAGCGGCAGCCACUUUAUCUAAAAUGAUUUAAUCAUCUACAAAUAGGAUAAAAUCUAUUCCUUCCCCUUCCACUGUCCAUACGCACCUUUAAAAUAAAACUUUGGACAGUUUUAAACAAUACUAGAUUCUCACAAAUCCUACUUCUUCUUAAAGCGAGUAAAGCCCAGAACUUUUUUAGAAACUUAAAAAGAAGAAAAUGCUGCUAUAUCAAUAAAAUUCAAAAACAAAUAGUAAUUUAUUGAUAGUUAAUGAACAAAUUUAAAAGAAAUAAUAGAAAUAAUAAAAUAUGUAACAAUAAAAAUAGAUUCAAAAUGAUGAUUUAAAUAAUAAAAAUAAUCAAAAUCUAUAAGUGAUAGAUUAGCAUUAAAUGCUCUAAUAAGAAAAUUACAUUUAGCCAUUUGAAAAUACUCCCAGCUAUUAAAUGUGGUUAUUACAACAGCAAUAAGAGUAGUAAUAUACAUAGUAACCCCACUUCGUAGACAAUACUACUAUCCCAAUAUCAUCUCAAACUUUGAAAAAUACUGCAUCAACCCUGUCUCAGUAGAGUCUAACUAGCGGAUGGCAAUUUUCUUGCUAGCAAUUGCCUUUUCAAAUUGUUAAUUCUUGUAAUUUAGAUGGUUGCACAACUAAUUCAAAUUUAAAAUAAUCAUCAAAAACGAACUCAUUAUUUGACAAACUUAAUUAAAUAAACAAACAGUCUAAUAAGAAUCUCAUUUCGAGCAAAAAUUCAACACAAAAUUUACCUUCCUAAGAAAAUUUUGAAACUUAAUCCAACAAUUUAAAUUUCUAGGUUUAUAGUGAUCAACAUCAAAACAAGAUCCAAUCAAUUAGAAACUAGGAAUCAUUAAAAAAUAAUGAGGGUGAAACAUUUUAAAACACACAUUUAGUUAGUAGACUGAAAGAUUUAAUAGGAUGCUAGAGUAAUAACUCUACUUAAUCACCAAAAACUUCAAGUGAUUCAAAAAAAGUGGAGGACUGUUUAACUGACAAUAUUGUUGAAAAUGAUAACAAUAAAUCUUUAAAUCUAACGAAUUAACUUAUGCAAUCAGCAUAGUAAAUUCAUAUUCCACUUCCCUCUUAGGCACUCAAGAGCAAUUAGUAUGAUUAGUAUGUAAGUAUACUAGAAGAGUUUAAAAACUUGCAGCAUGAUUAAAACUUAUAAGAAUUUGUGGAUUACCUCAUUGUAUUUGCUAGAAAAUAUGUGAAACCCAUACCAUAAAUAGUGAAAAACGCUUAACAAAUAUCUUCUUAGUGCAAAAAGAAAGAUGAAGAAGUUAACAAGCUAAAAUAAGAAAAGCUGUCAAUUCUAAAUGAAAAGAAUAAGCAGCAAUAAUAAAAAUAAUUUGUAUAAAAUGAUAAAAUGGUUCCUUAAUACAUACAAAUUUCAUAGUAAAACUAGCAAACCCUUAAAGAGCUACACACUCCAUCAACUUAAAUAGAAGAGACAAGCUAACAAAGUCUCGUAAUUGACUAGCAAACCUAAAUUCAGAUGCUUAAAAAGUAAAUAGAAGAUAAAGAUAAUUAAUUAAGCAACUUGAUAUAAAGAGAGAAUGUAACUAUAGCAUACUUCAAGCAACUGUAAAAGCUUGGCUACUUAACAAUAUCAUCUUCUUUAGCAUCUGAUUCUUCUGAAAGAAAUAGGAACGGAAAUACAACUUCAAAUAUAGAAGAUAAAAAAACUGGUAUAGAUUUAUCAAAUCAUAACACUCCACACUCAAUAAACCCCUUAGAGUAUUCUGGAAAUAAAAGCCCAAACCCUUUUAAUGCUUAUAACUAGCAUAAUUAAUAAAGUGAAGAAAAGGAUUACCAAUUUAGCUCUAAUUUUAUAUCUAUUCCAAGUAAUGACAACGAAAGCAACAAAAUUUAGUAACAAUAUUUACAAUCUCACUUUUAAAAAAUGGCUCAAAACCAUAGCUAAAACCAUGAAAAUUUUUUAUCAGAGCAACCAAGCUCAAUACGCUAAAGUUCUGGCAAAUCAUAUUAGAAUCAAUAAGAAAUAAAUCAGCAAUUUAAUUAAUGGCUGAAAUUUAUAAAUAACAAGAAGAAAGUUUAAACUAAGCAGUAAAGCUAGUUUAAUGUUCUAAAUAAAGUUUCUCCACAGAAUUAGAUAGACACCAAAAAACAAAAUAAUGGGUGCAAUAAAUACUAACAAAAUACUUAAACCAAUUAUUUAAACCCAGAUUUUUCCAUGAAUUUGGAUCAUUCUUAACCUACUUAAACCAAUUCAGUUAGUGAUAGAAAUUCAAACGAAAUGCAUUAAAACAAAAUUCUAAAUAUGAAGACAAACUAAGUUAAGACAGAAGCUAUAGAUGAAAGAAAAAAUAAAGAUUAGCAUAUCUCUAGAGCUAUAGAGCAAGUUUUGUAGAGAAAUUAAAGUAAUUAGAUUAUUCCAAAAUUAGAAAAUACAAAAUAAGAUAAGAUUGAGAUUUAAAAAGAUUUAGAUAACUCGAUGUAAAGAUAUACGGCAGCAGCUGUUGAUAAAUACAUUGACCCUUAAGGUGAAGGGAUUUAGUAGGAAUCUUAAAAUCCUCAAUUUAAAUUUUAAUUAAAUAAUUAAAUGUCUCUUGAAGAUUACAAGAAAAAGACCUCAAAGCUAUCUUCAGUCUCGAAUAGUGCUAGAAAUUCAUUCACAUCAAAAUCUUCAUUCAUAGAUGAUGAUGAUGAUGAUUAAAAUAAGCUUGAAAUCUAAAAUAAAAUAUUUUCUGCAUAGCUUGAAUUGCAGUAGAGAUACAACCAAACUAUGAUUAUUAAGUCAAAAUCUUCUUCAAAUUUAAAUGAAAAUAUUCGUCAGAAACUUAAACUUGAUUUAAGUAUUUUAAAAAGUCCUCAGAGUAGCAAAAAUCAAUUAACUUAAGGAAAGAUAAUUGGCUUUUAGCAGAAUAAUAAUCUAGAAAGCCUUCAGCAAUAGCAGGCUAAACAAUAAGAAGUACCUGAGUAGAAUUAAGUGAUGGACUACUAUGAUGAAUUUAUGAGCAAAAUCGAUGAAUUUAGUUUAUCUUGGAGAAAAGCUGUUAUAGAUGAAAGUUAAAAAUAUCAAAAUAGAGAUAACCCUUUCAAAAAAUAAUAACUUAUUGACUAACAGAAGCAAUUAUAGUGA